GGGCCUCCGGCGCUGUCGGAGGGCCUCGGUAGUCGGUGGGGCUUACUCCGGGACCCCGGCGCUUCCCUCCCGGAAGUGGGGGCGUCUCCACCUCCAGCCUCACCCACCCGGCGUGGGGCCGUGGGCCCGUCGCCUCACCUCUCGGAGCCAGAGUUACUGCAGCUACGAAGUGGGGCAGUAGUCACAAGCCGGGCCUUCUUCCCAGGGUAUCUGUGAGGACCUGGGAUGCUAUGCUGCUCUCCAUGAACUGGUCACUGAGUCUGUCUACCGCAGCCCUUUCUGAAUCUUUGGCUGUCUGGAAGCUCCGCUGUGCUCCUUGCCAAGAUGAAGUGCGUCUUGGUGGCCACAGAGGGUGCAGACGUCCUCUUCUACUGGAUGGACGAGGAGUUUGAAGAGAGUCUGCGGCUGAAGUUUGGGCAGUCGGAGAAUGAGGGAGAAGGGCUUCCCGCCCUGGAGGACCAGCUCAGCACCCUCCUGGCCCCAGUCAUUAUCUCCUCUAUGACGAUGCUGGAGAAGCUCUCAGACACAUACACCUGCUUCUCGACGGAAAAUGGCAACUACCUGUACGUCCUUCACCUGUUUGGAGAGUGCCUGUUCAUUGCCAUCAAUGGAGACCACACCGAGGGCGAGGGGGACCUGCGGCAGAAGCUGUGCGUGCUCAAGUACCUUUUCGAGGUGCACUUCGGGCUGGUUACCAUGGACGGCCAGCUCAUCCGAAAGGAGCUGCGGCCCCCGGACCUGGGGCAGCGUGUGCAGGUGUGGGAGCACUUCCAGAGCCUGCUGUGGACCUACGGCCGCCUGCGGCAGCAGGAGCAGUGUUUCGCUGUGGAGGCUGUGGAGCGGCUGAUCCACCCUCAGCUAUGUGAGCUGUGCAUCGAGGUGCUGGAGCGGCACGUCGUCCAGGCCAUCAACUCCAGCCCUGGGCGGGCUGGCGAGGAGGCCCUGCAUGCCUUCCUGCUCGUGCACUCCAAGUUGCUGGCUUUCUACUCCAGCCACAGCGCCGGCUCCCUGCGCCCACCCGACCUCCUUGCCCUCAUCCUUCUGGUGCAGGACCUCUACCCCAGCGAGAGCAUGGCGGAGGACAGCGACACCCAGCCUUCCCCACAGAGGCCCCUCCGCAGCCAGAGCAUCCCCGUGCAGCAGGCCUGGAGCUCUUGUUCUGCAGACCCAACCAGGAGUUCUGCAGGGACUGAGACAGACAGCCUCUCCCUCCCUGAGGAGUAUUUCACACCAGCUCCUUCUCCCGGGGAGCAGAGUUCAGGUAGCACAGUCUGGCUGGAUGGGGGUACCCCUCCCACUGAUGAUCCCCAUGUCCAGAUGGCUGAGGACACCCUCCAGAUGCUGGUCCCUCGCUCCCCAGGACCCUCCAGCCCCAGAAGGAUUUUCCUGGAUGCCACCGUGAAAGAGAGCUACUGCCCCAUGGUGCCCCACACCAUGUACUGCCUGCCGCUGUGGCCAGGCAUCAACAUGGUGCUCCUGACCAAGAGCCCCAGUACGGCCCUGGCCCUGGCCCUGUACCAGCUGCUGGAUGGGUUUUCUCUACUGGAGAAGAAGCUGAAGGAGGGGCAGGAGGCCGGGAGUGCCCUGCGGUCCCACCCCCUCAUGGGGGACCUACGCCAGAGGAUGGACAAGUUUGUCAAGAAUCGAGGUGGGCAAGAGCUUCAGAGCACCUGGCUGGAGUUCAAGACCAAGGCCUUCUCCAGAAGUGAGCCUGGAUCAUCCUGGCAGCUGCUCCAGGCAUGCGGGAGGCUGAAGAGGCAGCUUUGCGCCAUCUACCGGCUCAGCUUCCUGACCACGGCUCCGGGCCGGGGAGGCCCCUCCCUGCCCCAGCACCUGCAGGACCAGGUCCAGACGCUCAUGCAAGAAAAGCUGGCAGACUGGAAGGACUUCCUGUUGGUGAAGAGCAGGAGGAAUGUCACCAUGGUGUCCUACCUGGAAGACUUCCCCGGCCUGGUGCAUUUCAUCUACGUGGACCGCACCACCGGCCAGAUGGUGGCCCCUUCCCUCAGCAGCACUGAAAGGACUUCAUCGGAGCUGGGCAGGGGGCCCCUGGCCACCUUCGUCAGAACCAAGGUCUGGUCUCUGAUCCAGCUGGCACGCAGAUACCUGCAGAAGGGCUACACCACGCUGCUGUGCCGCGAGGGGGACUUCUACUGCUCCUAUUUCCUGUGGUUCGAGAACGAGAUGGGGUACAAACUCCAGAUCAUCGAGGUGCCUGUCCUGUCCGAUGACUCGGCUCCUGUCGGCAUGCUGGGAGGAGACUACUACAGGAAGCUCCUGCGCUACUACAGCAAGGGCCACCCGGCGGAGGCUGUCAGGUGCCGGGAGCUGCUGACCCUCCACCUGUCGGUCAUCCCCACGGACGUGCUGGUGCAGCAGGCCGGCGAGCUGGCCCGGCGCCUGGGCGAGGCCUCCCGUGUCCCCCUGCUCUAGGCCAGGGUGGGCUGCCCCCGUGCAUCUGCCCGUGCACCCGUUCUCCAGGCCCACCUGGCUUGCAGACAUCCCCAUGGUGAAGCCUCCUCCUGUGCACGGCAGCCUCCUGAGGGUAGCACAGUCCCCAGGGCGGCCCCAGAGUUUCUUAAAGAAACUCCACUUAGACCAGUCUCCACUCCGGGUGAUGAGCAAACCCCCAAGUCCUUCCCUCUGAAGGGAGAGGAGGGCCAGAGGGUUUCUUUGGUCUCUUAAGAACAGCAGUGGCUGUGAGCUUAGACCCAGGACAGCCCCUCUUUCGGAUCUGCCUCUCCGUUUACCCCUAGGAGACAAAGGAAGUCCCCACAGCCUGUGGGUGUCUGCUGUUCUCAGAAUAGAGAAAGCUUCCCAGGAAGCUGUUUCCCUCCCCAGGUGAAAGGAGCUCUCCUGGCUGGGUUGAACUCCAGCUCUGCCACGCCCCCUCUGCGGCUCUGGGCAAGUUUCCCCACCUCUCAGCCUGUCUCCCCACAUUCAGAGUGACGGCACCCGUCUCUCAGGAUGGUCAUGGGGCUGCCGGCUGUGGCAGCCACUCAAUAAAUGCUGGUUAUGGUUA